AUUCAUUUCUCAUUACUUGACGCAAACGCUUACCCAUUUUUAACGCUCCCUCUAAUUAAAAAUAACCGAGUUACGCAAGCCCAAGGCUAAAAAAUCUGGCAACAGUUCACCGAUUGAUUGCGACAAUGGAAGACGAUUUCCUAGUCCAAGUUUUAAAUUUGUACAAAAACCAAAAAUGGAAAGAAAUUAUCGAGUUAAACAAAGUUGACAAUGCGGUGGCGGCUCGUAAACUACUGUGGGUUUGGCCUAGUGAAAGCAAUUUGCAAAUGAUGGACAGUACGAUUCGUCAGUUUAGUUUGUACGGUGUUAUUUCAAUUGGUUGCGGGUGCGGCCUGUUUGAGUGGCUUUUGGGGCAAUUUUCUGGGUUGACGGUAAUUGGGUACGAAGUGAAUCAAGAGUGGUGGUCAAGCCGGUACAGCAACCCCCAGUUCAUUAAACUCAAUUUUCCUGAUCAACCCCCAACCCCUGAGAUUCUUUUCCCCGAUUACGCCCUUUUAUUCUGUUAUUUCAACGACGGGAAGGCCUUUCGGGAAUAUAUCAGUUGCUACAAAGGCAAUCUGGUGUUUAUUAUAGGGCCAGGAAUCGGGGCUGGACGUCACACUGACCCUCAGCCCUUUAGUCCCGAUUUUGGGUCAAGUGACUGGAUUUUGUACAAAUCGCAAGAAGUGAGGGACACUGGGGAUUUUAUCGCAGUUUACGUUCGGGAAAAUUAUUAAGUUAAUUAGAUAAAUAAAAUCUAUUUUAAC